AUGCAGUUUCUCAAAUCCUUUGCGGCUGCUGCUACCCUUCUCACCCUCUCCGCGAACGCUGCCCACAUCGGCAAGCGCCAGAGCCAAACAUGCAUCGAAGGCGAGAAAUACGUCGGUGUAGGCUAUAACGGUCUUCAGCCAGCCUUGCGCGAACUUGACAUCUGGUCUGAGAAGACCUGUGUCGCCGCUGCCACUUGCGAUCCCAAGACCGCCUUCGUCGCUCAGUGCCAGAACUCGGCCGUUGCGAACGCGACUGAUAUCGCGCAUUUGGACUACAAUGUUUACGCUGCCAUCAGCUACAUCGACCUCAUCUACGGCGCGUUGAGCGACAUCGGGUCGAGUUCAUACCCUGCAUCCGGAGACGAAGUCGUCAGUCAAUGGUGGACUCCUCUCACCACCUGGACCGCCACCGGUGACUCUGUCCCCUACACCAAUUUUGACGACUGGUUGCACUACGCUGCGGUGUACGACUAA